ACGUAAUAACCAUAAUUCAUUUCUACAUUGAACAUUUUCGUGGACAAAAUUUUGGAUUGCUAAAAACAUAUUUUGAUAGCAUUAAACAUCAACAAGUCUAUGAAAGGCAUCUAAACGAUGAACCAAUAAAGUCUGGAAAUCGCAGGACAAGUUUCUGUACCUGUAUGUGUUCUUCACCUCCAUUAUAGAAAUCUCAAGUCGUACAUAAUAAAUUGGGGAUAAAGAUGUUCAAAGUUGUGUGGAAUAUAAUUAAGUCAAUAUUUUGUUUCAUAUUCCGUAUAUUUUCUCCAUUAAAGAGAUUAAUCUGUAGAAGAAAAAGAAGAGAUUCUGAUACUAUUUUACCAUUAACUAAUCAUUACACAAUACCAGAGGACUUUACUACAAUACCAAGUAAUCAGUCUGAACUUCAAGCUUGGGAUAGCUGGGAAGCUGAUGAAAGCAAACAAAAAUAUAAUCAGAAUGGGAGGAACUAUCCACAUGCCAAUCAGAGACAAAUAUCACAUGAGGAAGAACCUGAACCAGAUUAUUUUACAGAUAUGGUGCCAAAAAUUAAAAAACAGAAAAAAGUGUUUAUAGGAGGAAAUAAGAAUUCCAAUAAAUCAUCCAAUAUGUUUGCAGUAAGUAAUGAUGGACCAAUUGUUACAGGAUCUGAAUUAGGAGCAUGGGAUGAUACUCAGACGACUGGAUGGGAAGGGGAAGGAAAUGAAGAUUUAUCAACUCAAGCUGAUGCAGAAUUAAGAGAAAAAAGACGACAAGAAAGAUUAUAUCAACAGCAAAAGAAAAAACAGGAACGAGACUCAUCAAAAGGACUACGAAAAGACAAACACUUAACAGCAGUUAAAUUAUCCUAGCAUUGUAUAUUAACAUGAUUAAUGUCUUCAGUGAUGUCAUUUCUGGUGUGGGAUUGAUAGUCUUAGAAACCUUGAUUUUUAAGACUUCAUAUAAGCACAAUUCUUUGAAAGUCUAUAUAUGAUCCUGUAAAUUGAAAUUUGAAACACAAAAAAUGUCCAGUGAGAUUUUUACCAAACAUUUUAUGUUGAUUGAAUUGACAAUUUGCAUUUAGUAUGUGAAGCAUAGGUCCACCCACAUAUAGGUGGAGGAAUUUGUACAUGGUGCUUCUUUCACCAGUCAAGAUAUUUGAAUAUCAAUUAUUACAAAAGGCAGAUAAAUAGGAGUUUUAUUGUAUAGCAGUCUGCACGGUUAGCCACUAGUACAAUGCCCCAGACUAGUAAAAUUUCUUUCAGACUAUUAGUAUUAAGUUUUGUGAAACUUUGUUUUGACCAAUAAGAAAAAUGUAGGAAUAUUGGUCUUUGGACUAGCAGUUGAAAAAGUUUUUGGUGCAGACUGUAUAGAAUGUUCAACUGGACACAUACUUUAAAAAAUGGACCAAAAGAAUAUUAAUCAACAGUUAUAAAUCCACUACUUCCUUUAUCAAUACUUCUGUAUGGAAUAGAAAUAUUAUCCUGAUUAUUUUUGUUGAUAAAUCAUGUCUGUUAAUAUCAAAUUUUACUGUGAAAAAUAUUUUGAUUUUCAAGAUUUGUUUUUAUUGUUUUCACCUUUAUUUAGAAUUGUAGAAUUUAGGCAACAUAUUUAUACCUACUUCUUGUUUAUUAAGUGUAACGUAAGGGUACCCAAAUUGCACCGAGUACCCAAAAUGCACCUAUUUAGAAAAAAUAGCAACGGAAAUCGUACAAGAUUUCGUAGAGACAAAACAAUUUGUAUUUUUAUGAUUUGAUACUAUGCACGUCUUUCAACAUAGGUAAACAUAUUUAGAUAUACACAAAACGUUCACAGUAUUUAUCAACAGCUGGACUGUUUGACUGAAAAAGCAAAAUGUACGAAAACGUCAUCAUGCGACGUCAUCAAAACGUCAUCUUUUUAAAAUUGGCAAAUACAAUAUAUUAUAAGUAUCCAUUUCGUAAAAUAUGAAGAGUAAGCAUGAACUAAUAUCCAAUUGUUCAAAAUAAUUGAAGAAAUUAAACAAAAGCUCAGUUAUUAGACUUUUGACGAUGUAAAUUUAAGCAUGGAUGCAAUUUGGGUACUCCUCAUCACAGAAUCAUGGAUAAUUUGGAGGUUGAUUCAAACCCAUUUUUUUAUGACAUCAAAUUGAAUUAAAAAUUAAAUUGGUGUACUUAUAAAAUAAAGAAGGAUAGGGCUACAAAAUAAACACAUUGAGGACAUUUCGUCGCUGUUAUGCAAAAACCUCGUAUCUAAGGUUUUCAUAAUUUUACACCAGGCAAUAAAAACUGAUUUUUUUUUAUCGAUUAUUUAGAAUUAAAUAUUUAUGUUCCAAUGUAUGCAAAAAUAUCGUAUCUUCUAACCAAUCAAUUACCAAGGCGAGCAAAAAUUUCUGCACCUAUAUUGUAUUUUCAAAGCUUUUCAUUAUUUCUAAGCUAUACAUAAUAUAUUAGACAAAAAAUUGACAAAACUGUACCUGUUAUAAUCUCAGCUGCUAGUGCCAUCUUUUUUUUCUUUUGAGAUAUGAUAUUUUCGCACAACAAAAUGUCUCACCAAUCCGACUACACUUUUUCGUCACUUGUCAGAAUUCGGGUUAAUGAUUGGUUAGAAGAUCAGAUAUUUUCGCAUUCAGUGGAACAUACAUAUUUAAUUCUUAAUAAUCGAUAAAAAGAUUUCCGCUAAAAAUUGAGAUACGAGGUUUUUGCAUAACAGCGACGAUUUAUUUCUUGAUAAUAAAAAAACGUCGGUGAAAAAACUGUCAAAAUAGGUGCAAUUUGGGUACCGUCACGUUAGACUUGAUAAGAAUUAGUUCAUGUGAGUAUAUGCAUAAUUAUGAAUGUUUAAAUCAUUUUUAUAUUUUUUUAGAAAAAUAUAUUUUGUGUUUGAGUGAUGUUUAAUGAUACAAUUGAGAGAUUCAAGAUUCAUUUAUCUUUCAUCAAGGUUCACUGAAAUUUGAAUUUGAAAGUAUGGACAUGAGGUAUGAUUUCUAUUGAGACAACUAUCCACCAAGAACUUGAAUGUAAACAACAGGUUACUGUACAGAAUUUAGCAAUUUAAAAAAGAAAAAUAUUAACUAACUUUAUUUUACUAAUUAUCAUUUAAACAAAAAAUAAUCAUAAUAGAGGAGAACUAAUGAUAAUCAUUGGACAAGCACAUAGCCAGGUUAAACAAGUUUGUUUAAACUAAAACCUUCACUUUAAUAAAAGACUGUGAUAAUCUGUCUUAGUUUUUGGGAAAACCCUAUGUUGCUAACUUGAUUUUUAAAUCUUCCAAGGCUUAUCACUACCUCUUUGAUAUGGAAAUAUAGUGCGUUGAUCAUACCAUUCUAUAUGUCCUAUCCAUUAACAUUUCCAGAAAUUCAUUAAUGUAAUAAAUACUCAGAUAUUUAAGUCACAAAAUGUCAAGAAAAUUACAAAACUUUUGAUAGGUGCAGGAAUCUUAAUAUCUGUGCUAAACAAAAAUGAUAUCAUUGUUAAAGUCAUCUUUAAAAAAUGGAGUUAUCUCCCAUUGUCAAGUAUUGUGGUUGAAUUAAGUACUACUAAUACUUUAUAGAAAGCAAUGUUUAAUUUUCUUCCCACUGAUAAAUUAAAGCAAUUUAAACCAUUCAGUGCUUACAAGUACUUUGGUUAUUUUAUAGAAGAGAUUUUUUUAAAUAAUAUAAAUAUUUAAAAUCAUGUUGAAGAAUUUUUACAGAAGAAUGUGUAAAGCAGAUUCAAGGAAUAUUUUGAUUAUGACCGUAAAGAAGAUUUAAUUCUUCAAAUUAAAAGAUAGAUUUGUUUGAAAUCAAGGGAUAUCUGCAUCACCCAACAAAAAAUGUGUUGUGGGAACUGAAAUGUACAGAAAAUUGCAUGAAUGUGACAGUUGUUUAUUGUUUGUCAUCUUUAUUUGUCCAUGGUGUUGUUUGUACUUCUUUUACUUUUUUUUUAUCAUACUUUUUUGCUUCUUUGUCUUUGCUUAAUCUGUAAAAUUUUCGAUGCAUUGAGGAAUUUUCAAGAAAUGUACAACUUAACUACUUUAUUGCUUUAUUUUACAAAUAAGACAAAAUGAAUUACUUUCUUCUAUGUGUUUGUUUGUAGAUUCUCUUAGUGAUAGCAAGAAAGAUCAGCAAAUUAAAUCUAUAAUUGAAUCAUCAUAGCUAAAUUAUCACACUAGUUCUAUGAUUCUUUGCCAUUAAAUAAUGUUUCAUUUGAUCUCAAAUAGGUAGUUUAUAAAUAUUUGACUACCAGAUAAAAAUAAGAUUACUAAAUAAGAUUACUAAAAAGGCAAACAUAAUUAAGUGCUAUAAAGGAGCAAAUAAAUAUAAAAAUGACAUUUGUUUAACAGAUGAACAAUUCACUCUUGGGAGUUGGGACCCUCUUGUUUUCCUACUAGUUGUUUUACAAUUUUGAUCAAAUUAUUUGUAUUUACUUAGUUCACAGGAGUCCACAACAAAAAGUGUGUCUAAAAGGAAUUUAAGACUGGAGAAUAAUUUGCAGAUUUUAUAAGUCUGAAAAACAAAGUGAAAGUAACAACUAAAUAUAGACCAGGAUCAUCUUGAUUUGAUCAAGUGUUUUAUAAUUGAAUGUUAACCAAUGUCUUCUAUAUCCAAGUGCUAACCAGAAUUAAGUUUUCUACAUCUAAGUGUGAACAAUGCUCAAGUAUCUAUUAAAAGUGUUGAACAUGAAUUGCAAAAUUAUAAAAUUUUGAGCAUUAUCUGCUCUCCUCUACGAAGUGUCAAUUUUUGUGACUUCACAUUGCAUAAUAGAUAACAAUAACUUUUUAGUAUUAAAGGAAACUUGUAUCUGAAUUCUGAUUUUCAAUUUAAAAGUACAUAUUUAUUUUACUGUAAGCUCACCGUUCAGAAGGAACUGAGAGUUUUUAACCAUCACUUGGGGUCCGUCUUCGUCUGUCUGGUUUUACCUAAUUCAAACAUCUUCUCCUUUAAAACUACUGAACCAAUUCCAACCAAACUUAAGCUGAAUGAUCCUUAGGGUAUUUAGAAUAAAGUUUAUGUUUUAUUUUCUGUUUCUUUAAAAAAAAAACAUGGCCACCAUGGCUAAGAAUAGAACAUAGGGAUAAAAUGCAGAUUUUAGCCUGUAUCUCAAAAACCAAGUCAUUUGAGUAAAUCAAAUAGGGAUAAAAGUGUUCACUAGAUCAAGUUCUAUCAGCCCUGAAAUUUUCAGACGAAUCUAACAACCCAUUGUUGGGUUGCUGCCAUUAAAUUUGUAAUUUUAAAGAAGUUUUGCAGUAAUUGGUUAUCACCUUGAAUAUUAUUAAUUAUAAAGAUAAACUGUAAACAACAAAAAAUUUCAGGGAAAGUAAGAUCUUCAAAUAAGUUUAUAUAACCAAAACUGUCAAUUGACCCCUGAAUGAGUUAUUGCCCUUUAAAGACUAUUUUACUCAAUUUGUUUAUCAUGUUUUCAAACUUUACAAAAAUCUACUUCUUUGAAACUACUGAACCAAUUCCAACCCAACUUAAGCUGAAUGGUAUGAUUUUUGCUGGGUUUUUUAAACGAAAGAUUAAUGUAAAAAUAUCAAGGUGAGUGAUUCAGGCUCUUGAGAGCCUUUUGUUUUUAUUAUACAAUUUGUAAUGUUCUUGACAUUUAUGUAUAAACCAUCAGAUGUUCAUUUUGGGGGAAAUUAUAUUAUUGGAAUUUAGAUUAUGUUGAUAUUCUAAAUUUUGUAUAUUUUUGUCACAUCGCUGCUUGUUUAAAAAUAAAAUACAAGAAAUACCAGA